CUAGAUCGAAAUUUUUUUGCUGAGGAUCUUAUUUUGAUCUCUUCAAACAACUUACCUGGCUAUCUUAUGUUAUUAUGUCACUCGAGAUUGAGAAGGUUUCGAUAACCCAACAAAAAUUCAAAACCGCUACAUGUCAUUUGUGUGUAUAACAAAUUCCGUAUUUUUAAUCAAAGCUUUCACCAGUCGACAGUCAAAAUAACUCGAGUUGAAUAAAAACUUUUGUGUACGGUAUAUGUCUAUUUAUAUAUAUAUAUAGUAAGUAAUCUAUUUAUAAUUACGACAAGUAUUGAAAACGUUAAAGUAAAAUAAUAUUUUUUAUUUUCAGCGGAAAGAGUAAUAGCUGACUCAAAAUAAGUAAAUAAGCUCACUGAACACAUUAGAGAUCAAAGUUAUUCGUGGAAAAGGAUAUAACAGCAAUAAAUGGAUUAUGUCGGGUUACAAUAUGGAGCAAAUGCAAAUGCUUUUUAUGAUUUUUUUUUCUGUGCCUAUUUUCGGAGCAAUCGAUUGAUUCCAAAUGUAGAUAAAGUGGGCCAAGGUACAGCUGGAGUGAUAUUUAAAUAUUUAUAAAAAUGUAAACAUAAAAAAUAUGAAAUAGUGAACGGUUGGGUUAUUAUUAAGUCGUACGUCAAUGGACGGAAAAGAAAAUCCGAAGGACGACAGUCCCCUCGAUCAUAAUGAUACUUGUUUGUAUACCUACAGCAAUAAUCAUAACUAUAAUUAUAAGCAUCAGCAUCAGAAAUCAAAGUCGUUUGUUACAAGUAAUCCACGAGUAACACAGAAUGACAAUGCGGAUGCUGAUAAAGAUCAAUAUAAACUGUACUCGAGCAGCGACGAAAACAUACAAAAAACCUGUAAUUCCAAUAUAAGUACAAUAGACACGCAAUCAAUAAAUAAUAUUCUGGAUGGAUACGAAGAUCUUGAUUGUGAAAAAUCAUCUGAUUCGAGCAGCUUGAAUGCCCGUAACUUUAAACUGGAAACAGAUAUUGAUAUUGGUACUGGCAUCAAUCAGCAUCUCGAUCCACAUCAGGAGCAUCUACUGCAGCAGAAGCAUCAGCAGCUGGAUAAAAUCUUUAUAACAGCCGGUAAAAUGCGACAUCGUCCCACUUGCUGCUCAAGUGAAAGGCUUGACAAGAAACAAGUGCUCAGGGUCAACCAGCAAACACAGGUAAGACAGAGACCGCGCGAUCCAGUAAAGGAACACCAACAACAACAUCAACAUCAUAUCUCUUUAGAUGCUCACAAAGUGUCACCGUUUGCUGGUGAUGGUGAUCUUAAUUCGUUAAUCGCACGAUCAAACACAAAUAUAUAUGAGAAUAAAAAAAUACCCGGGCGUCAAGUAAUGUAUUUGCAAAAAGGUGAAGUACAAAAACGUGUUGAUGAAUGGUUAAAUCAUAGUCAAAAUUUGCAGUUAAAUAAAUCUAACGCCAGUUGCAGCGGUGGUAGUAGUAAUAAAUUAAUUAAUAGUAGCAAUAAACGUGAAAUAUAUUUAACGAGAUCCAACAGCAAUAUUGAACAAAAACGACGUUACUGCAAUAAUGAAUCUCGGUUACUUAAUGACAAAAUGGAAUCUCGUCUCAAUGACACAGUGAGCUUUGAAAAUUUAAAUUCUGAACAGCAAUUGCCAAGACGUGAAUACAAGGCCAUACUAAGUAAUGACCGGAUAAAUUCACAAAAGGAGACAUACAGAGAUUAUUCUGCAGUAAGAAAUGGCUUGAGAAACCACCGACUUCAUCAUCAAGAUACUGAUAAUCUAAAAGUCUACAAAAUAAACCAAACUGACGGUGUUUCGGAAUCCUCUGGGGAUUAUUUUUAUCCACAUCCACAGCUGAAGCAACAACGAAUGUCUACGUAUCAUCAGGACAUAAAGGUUACUUGUGAAAAAAAAGGUUAUUUUGAGGAAGACAAAGAGAUUUAUUCAAAAUCAAAAUUAGUGAGCAACGGUAUUCGACGAGUACCUUCAGCUAGCCGGAGACCAAUCAGGUGUGCAGACGAUCCACCAUCAAAAAAUAAGGCCAGAGAAAGCCGACGACAGUUAAUUACAGCGCCAGUGAAUCAACACGUAUCUAAUAGUGAAUCCGUCAAUGAAACAACAGUUGAGAAGGAGCCUAUUAAUCAUCAAACUGUUAACAAAGAGUUAAAUAAGGUUAAAAAACCUCCACCACCCCCACGGCGAGAUUUUAACGAUCGGAAUAAUCGAGAGGAAACUUUCAAGCAUACUUUAUUCAAUAAUCAAUCUGGUUGCUCGAGUUUUAAGCCGCUUGGGAAAUUAUUAACCAAGCAGCUCGGCGAUUGCAAUGCUAAUGAUGAUUUUGAUAUCACUAUUGGUAGAGUACAUGAUAUUAGGCUCGUCACAAGGAAUACUGAUCACGAUAAUGAUCAAAUAAUAAAUAAUAACUCCUCGUUACAUUGUAAAACAGUUAACUCUGACGAUCUUUUGAGUAUUCUCACACCUGCGGCGAAAAAGUCUGUAUACAAAGAAGACUAUCAAGAAGAGCCUGAUCGAGGUUUUGCGAAUUUUACUAAAGAAGUUCAUCAGAAUUCAAAUUCCUCGGAGUUUACAAAUGUGGGAGCUAAAAGUUUUAAGAGACGUGACAAUUAUUACUGCAAAGACAACACUUGCAGGGAACAUUCUGUUGAUACCGAAAAUGAUAAAGUUUUAAGCACCUUUAAUAAGUAUAAUAAAGACAGAUUAAAGGAGGUGAUUGAUGAAGAAAAAUCAUCGGCGGAUAAAAUAGAAAUAGUUGAAAAAAACUUAACCUCGAGAUCUCGAAGCAGUAGUACAAAUAAAGUAACGGAUAAAAUUCUACAAGAGUCUUAUGAGGACAGAAGUACGCUCAAGUUAGAUAGAGAUCGGGGAGCAAUCCAUACCAAAGAUCUGGAAAGUCGGGGAACUUUGGUGGCAGACUUUGCUGAAAACUCAAUAUUUCAGCAUAAGAAUGACGAUUGUUUUCAAAGCCAUUUACUUAAUGCUAAAAAGUCUUUGAAAGUUGAGCCAAUUUAUUCAAAAGCUAAUAGUGACUCUAUCCACGGUGAAUUGUUUAAAGUUAAACACAAAACUAUGAUUAAUAACGAUAGUUCAUGUACUCCGACAAUUAAUAGUGAUGUUUACAAUAAUUUAAGUUUAUUAAAAAGUUCUGUUGAUAAUUCAAAGGGAAAUAAUGAUUCGUUUGAGCGCUUGUUUAACGAGGAAACUAACCAAGUUAAGCGGUUCAAUUUUAACAGUGUUCUCAGUGAUGAUUACAAAAACUUACAUAUUCGCGAGGCUAAUCGGCUUAAUGAAUGCAAAGUUUAUAAUACCAAAGAAAUGAAGGAGAGACAAAGACUAAUGGAUAUGCUCAGAAAAAGGGAUUAUCAUGCAGUUAAAUUGGAACUGGAAAAGAGUUUUGCUGUAUCAACACCAGGAGAUAGUAGUCCGGUUUGCUAUCCACCUUGCAGCCCGCCUCCAGCCCCUGCAGCUUAUCUAUCAAGUGUCCGAGCGUCGUCCAGGAAAUUAGACGGUGCAAGUGGACAUCCUUCACCCGAUCGCGAUUCUGUUGGUCGACUACUACGAUACUUGAAGAGCUUUUACAAAGAAAUAGCUACCAGAGAUCCCCAUCACUUGCCACCAUGGACUUCAUUUCUUCCAGCCGGUACAUUUUGCCCAGCGCAUUUUCAACCCCAUUUGCAGCUAAUAUACAACAACGACCAAGAGUACCGUUUGGAGAGAAUUAAAAUUGACCAAAUAUUUUCAUCAGUUCGACUAAGCGACGGAAUUCUACUAGAAGGACCGAGACGUGUCGCAAUAGAAGGGGGCCCGGGAAGUGGCCGGACAAGUUUGUGCUUGAAACUACUUCAUCAAUGGGCGAACCAAGGCGACGGCCCGGCCCUCGCAUUCAUGAUCCCGCUCCGGGAAUUACGCGGCAACUCAAUUAUAAAUUACUUGACGCGUGAAUUUUUGCCGAAGAGCGCGGCUCUGGGUGAUGCGAUAGCGCAAGUCUGGCGAACACUUCAUCUGUUGGAAGACCGGGUGCUUUUUAUUCUCGACGGGUAUGACGAGUGUUCAGGUGCCAAGGCGUCAUUAGCGGACGCCGCAGAUCUGUUAGAAGCCCGACUUUUUCCCGACGCAAGAAUUCUCGUAACCUGCACGCCAAAUAAUUCUUCAAGCUUAUCAACGAUGGUGCAGCGGAGAAUCCUUUUAACUGGGCUGGAGUGGUCCCAUGUUGAGAAGCUCUGCGUGGCUUACUUUAUCCACAAUAAUUUAUCCGAGCACGCCUGUGAUUUUUUAGAGAAUUUGAAUGUCCAGUCUCAGUCCGCGAAGGAAUUUAUCCAGUAUCCAUUAGGCUGGAUUAUGUUGUGCUCACUUUAUCGUGACGCUGGAAAAUUGCCGAGUGAAUGUAACACUUUGAUACAAGAGGCCAUCAAAGGGGUAGUUAAGAAAAGUUUGGAAGACCCGCUGACUCCCGAUGAAGAGAUACCGAUUUAUUACAAGAAAAAACUCGAAGACUUUGGUAAACUUUCUCUGUCGAGCUUGAGAAAAGGAAAAUGCUGUUACACUGAAACAGAAUUGAGAACUCGUGGGGGUGGGAUCGAUAUCACCAGACUCGGGUUCCUGACACGCGGUUUUACAUUCGGACAUCGGAGAAAAACAGAAAUUUACACGCCGAUCCAUCUUGCGGUGAUACAGUACUUCGCGGCGUGUUAUCUCGCCUCGGUAUCGCAAUUCACGAACAUCCUGAGAAAUGAACUGGAUGGAUUGCCCACUGAAAUAAUAAGUCACUUGGCAGCGUUACUCGGACCCAGAACGCAUUUGAUACUUAAUCAACUUUGCCCCUUGGAAAUUCCUCCGCGAAUGAUAUUCUCGUUACUUAAAGCCGCAGGAACGUCAGACAAUAAUAUCCUGUCUGUUUGUCGACUAUUUGGAGCAGCGUCCGGGUUCGGACCAACCCCUAAUGAGAAACCUCCUGUUCCAUUAGUUCAAAUAUCACCGCUUGAGUUGGAAGGAUGGACUAAAAUACUUUCCAGCUCGGCUUGUACACUCGAAGCCCUUGAAGUUGUCUUUCAAGUUGAACGUGGAUCUGAUCCAACUUAUCUAAAUAAUUUCUUCAAUGCGCUUUCCAACAAUGAGAGUGUUAAACUUGUUAGAAUAACUUCUCUGCUAGGACAAGAAUUUUCAACAGACGAAACACAAAGACUCGCUGAAUAUCUCAAGAGUGUGCUCAGCAAAAAGAAACUUAAUGAUUUUGAACUUGUUAUUACGUGCUUAGAGGAAUCCUCCAACGACAGGCUGGAGUGUGUGGUGUGUGCCCUCUGUCAAGGUUUAAGAAACGCUUCUCCUCACCUAUCACGAGUGGUACUCGAUAUGAAUCUGUCCAGCGAGCAAGUCAGUAGGGUUUGCAAGACACUCCGGGAUUGUUCUCAAGUACAGGCACUACACUUGCCCCAUUUGAGCUGCGGCAGCGAUGGCUUGGCAUCUGUUGCGAACCUUCUCAAAGAAAGACCUUUGUUUGCACUCAAUCUCGCCGGAAGCUGGGGAACUAAAACCGAAGAUCCAUCAAGCUCUGGGAUUAGUAUGGGGUCUGGGUCGGGCUCUGGAAGCAGCGGUUGCGCAUCAAACACACUUGGAGCAUUAUCCGUUAAUCGCUGCUACUCUUCUCUUCCACGUGGUACCCUCGCAGCUUAUGGCAGUUUGACUAGACCAGCAACACUACCUCGUCUGCCAUUAGGUAUUGGCCUCAAUCCUAGCCCGGCUACUGCUAAUGGCACACUUCCACAAAAUGAUAAUGACAAAGACAGCAGCUCUGGUAACAGCAAAAGAAACAGCGACAGCGUACUUUGUCAUCGUCUCCCGGUGAUGCAUCCGCUUCCCACUUGUGACGUCGCCUGUCAUCAAGGAACGGGUUUUCAUGAAAUUUUCAGUACUAUACGGGAACAAAACUGCAAAUUACGAUCUCUGAAUGUCUCAAAGUGUCUACAAGGAAGUCUCGAUGCGAGUUGUCUAGGGGAAACAAUCAGACGAGCCAGAAAUUUGGAUGCUGUAAGAGCAGCCGGUGCCUCAAGGCCAAUAGACAUUAUGCCCCUUGUUCUUGCACUUACUGAGGCUCCCUGUCUCCAACUUCUUGAUCUAGCGAGUCCUCGUCUCGCAAUUGAUGAUCAUCCCUCGAGACUUUUAUGCCAUGCACUAGCGAGGAAUGAAACUCUUCGUCUACUCAGUCUUGAAGGAUGGACUUUUAGAAUAGAGGAAUCCGACAGUCUGGCAGUAUUUGCGGAGCUAUUGAUGUGCACAAGUGUACGUGAAUUAAAUUUGUGCAAUGCCCGUCUGCAUCUAGCCGUUCACGAAGGUCCACUUUCAAGAUUAGGUCGUAGAGACGAUGUAGGAGCGGAACUGUUGAGGGCUGCACCACCCCCUACAUGCCCUUCGAUAGUUUUCCUCCGUCUGGCCGGCUUUCAAGUAUCAGUCAACGAUAGAUUAGUAUUACGCGGGCCAUUAUUGCUACCGUUCAUCGCCGGUUUCACAGCCUUAAGUGAUUUAGAUUUGUCAUUAGAUAAGUCGGAAAUAGGUAAUAACAAUGGUUCGCAAUUAUAUAUAGACGAUAAAAUAUUACAACAAUUUUUUUCGUGCUUGGGGAUGAAUUUAAAAAAUUUACAAACAUUAAGAAUAAAUUACUGGCAAAUAACACUUGAAAAUAGUGAAAAAACAAUGAAACACAUAUCGAAAAACCUACGGCUUUGUAAUUUAAGUUUUCUUAAAGCUAACGGAUUGGUUGUUACUGACAGUGUUAAACGUAUACAAAUAGAACAUGUCUUUAUACAAACAGUACUUGCUAACUUGCAAGCACUAACUUGGCUUUGUCUUGACGGUAUUAAACUCACUGAAAAUCAGUGCACUACGUUAGGUAAAUGGAUCAAGGAUAAAUAUCCGGGCAAUUUACUUGAAAUAAGUGCUAAGGAUAUUAAUGUUAAGGCUGUUAAGGCUUUCGUUGCUGCUGUAGAAGACGGGGAGCGUAUUGAUAUUAAUUACACCGGUGGAUUUAUUUGCCGGCUGAAAAUAAGCAAACUCCAGAAAAAUUCUAAGAAUAAGAGUAAGUUUAAGUAAUAACUAUUAACUAUAAAUUAUAUUUGUGAUAAAUUUAUAAAGACUGUGCUACUUUAUAUAGUUAGCUGCAUGCACAAUUAUUAAUAUUUCAAUUUUUAACUUUAAUAAUAAUUACAAUUGAUAC